AUGGCCGCCACCAAUAGUGAUAACUUCGCAACGCUGAGUCUCAGCGACCGCUUUGUCCAAAUUAUCAAUGGAAAAGCUUCUCAAACGGAGAAGAAUCGACAUGGCAUCAAUCCAGCGAACCUGAGAGCAAAAGCAGAGGUCCCUAUUGCUACACGCGGGGAUCUUGACCUUGCCGUCGCCGCAGCAAAAGAUGCCUUCAAAGGAUGGUCGAAGGUUCCCUAUGAAGACCGGAAGAAGGCAGUCCUGGCGUAUGCGGAUGCUGUUGAUAGCUACAGAACCCAGUUCAGGGACUUGCUAAUCUCUGAGCAAGGAAAGCCUAUCCCUCAAGCAGACGCCGAGACAGAUGCUGCUAUCAGCUGGAUCCGUGGCAUGGCCAAUAUUCCGCUCCCAGAGGAUGUUGUAGAGGACAACGAUCACCGAACCAUCAUCACUCGUUACGCUCCUCUGGGUGUGGUUGGGGCUAUUGUUCCUUGGAACUUUCCCUUGCUCCUGGCCACAGGUAAGAUCGCGCCAGCUCUCCUGACCGGAAAUGUGAUCAUUGUGAAGCCCUCACCUUUCACACCGUACUGUGGGUUGAAGCUGGUUGAGUUAGCACAACAGUUCUUCCCGCCGGGUGUGGUGCAGUCCUUGAGCGGAGACGAUGACCUUGGCCCUUGGUUGACAAGUCACCCGGGCAUUGAUAAGAUCAGCUUCACUGGAUCCACAGCGACCGGAAAACUGGUGAUGCAGAGUGCUAGCAAAACUUUGAAAAGGGUUACAUUGGAGUUGGGAGGAAACGAUCCCGCCAUCGUGUUUCCGGACGUAGAUGUUGACAAGGUCGCUGAAAAGGUGGCAUUCUUCGCCUUUCUCAACUCCGGCCAGAUCUGCCUCAAUCUCAAACGUAUCUAUGUGCACGAGUCCAUCUUUGAUCGAUUCAAGGAGGCUUUAGUGAAGCACGUCAAGGGGUAUAACCUUGGUGAUGGCUCGCAACCCGGGGUAACUCACGGUCCUCUACAGAACUCAAUGCAGUAUGAACGAGUCAAGACAUUCUUUUCGGAUAUUGAGUCUCAAGGAUGGAAAGUUGCCGUUGGGGGCAGCAUCGAGAAGUCCCAAGGCUAUUUCAUAACUCCUACCAUCAUCGAUCGGCCUCCCGAGAAGUCUCGUCUGGUUGUCGAGGAGCCUUUUGGACCUAUUGUUCCCCUUCUAUCCUGGAGCAACGAAGACGAGGUUAUUUCCCGAGCCAAUGAUACGUCGAUGGGUCUUGGAGCAUCCGUCUGGUCGAACAAUCUGGAUAAAGCAGCAAGAGUUGCCAGGCAAAUUCAAGCCGGUAAUGUCUGGAUCAACACACACUUCGAUCUCUCACCCCUCGCUCCGUUCGGAGGGCACAAGGAGAGUGGCAUUGGGACCGAGUGGGGCGCAAAUGGCCUGAAGGGGUUCUGCAACGUGCAGACCCUGUUUCUUAACAAGCAAGUUGUUAGCUAG